AUGGAUGGAUCCACCCUCCUGUGCAUUAUCUGCCCUGGGGAGCCUCGCUUUUGUGAUGUCUCGCAUCUGUUGACCCAUGCGGCCUCGAAAUCCCACUUGUCGCACCUCUGCAAGCUGCAGCUCCGCACCAGUGAUCCCAACGCAGUCGAACUACUCAAGCAAUUCCAUAACUGGGUUGACUCCCACGGUCUCGCCGAGAAGCUUUCCUCCCGUUUGGAGAAACGGUUGGAGAAGCAGCACAAGCAGGACAAACAGAGGAAGAAGUCAGGACAAGCUUCAACCUCCACCUUUGGACAGACAGUGAAUCGAGCUCUCAACGUCGAGUUGGAGGAGUCCAUCACCCCUGCUGCCGAUUCAGCUUCCGCUUAUCUCGACCCUCGCCUGGUUGAUUGUCACAACGGUGAAGAGAAAAAGUAUGCGAGGUUUACACCGUCUACACCUGGCAGCUUGCCAACACUGAGCAGCCAUGAUUUGCCUAUGACCCCAUCGCAUCAUCUGAACCGCCAGGACGGGACCUGGGAUUCUCGCGAACCUACCUCUGAUCCCUUUGUCGAGUCUGACAACCAUAUGCAGGCUUCCGGCAGCACUGGCAUAAAUAAGGAUCGGGCUGAGGAAUUGGCAAGACUCAAGGGCAUUCAGUGGCCAGGAAUGGAUAUCUUUGACUCCGCUACCCCGCAGAUGCGUCGUCAACGCAAUCAGAAGAAGGACGGCUCUGUUUUGAAGCAGAUGGAAAUGGCUUCCUUGCUUGCUAAGCCCAAUGAAUUGGUCUACAAUCCUGAGGGUAAGCUGCUCAGAGAGAGAGUGAUUACGGGUAACGUUGAAGAAUACAGCCCGCUGAAAGGAGAGACUCCGCUCCAAAAGCAGCGCACGACCCGCCUGUCGAGCAAGCGUUUGACGACAGCUGAUCCCAAUGUGCCCCGGGCCGCAGAUAGAAAACGCCAGAAAACUACUGCACGCAAUGGCCGUAACGCCAUUCAGGCAAAAUCAAUCGUUGAGCUGUCUUCAAACCGCCGUUCUGGCCUUGGAGCUGCUCGCACUCAGCCCCACGAUGCCAUUGACGAAGACUAUGAUCUGACGUACAAACCCCACGGCAAUCGAGGACGGCGCCGCUUCAACAUUUUCGCCGAUGGAGAACAGGAAAUGCAGGCAAUCAAUGAUGAGCAAAACUUGGGACACACAGGACCCGUUGAUACCGUUACCCCGAGUCGGCUCGUUUUGAACGGAAAGACAAACUCCAGUAUCCAGUCCGGAAUCGGGGCUCCAAUCGUUGCCAAGGAAAACCUUGAGCCAAUUUUCAACCCCCAGGGUCGCAUUGGUCCUCAUGGUUCGAACACUUCGUUGGCCAGCUACCCGGAUACUGGUGGCUAUGGUAUCGGCAAUGGCUACUAUGGACUUCAGGGCACCUAUGGCGGUAACGGCAACUUUGGACUUCAUUGCAAUCAUCGAUACAACCCUCUGGUGCAAGUUCCUAUGCAAAGUCCUAUGCAAAAUCCUAUGCAAGCUCCUCUGCAGGCUUCUCUGCAGGCUCCCCUGCAAGCCCCUCCGAAACUCUAUGCCAACCAUCACGAGCAAUAUGUCGGAGCUCAGAAUUCCUGGCUGUCGCCCGACCAGAACAUCCCGUCCGAGGAAACUAUUCCGGAGGAGGAAGAGUUCUUCUACACGAAUCUCCUGGCGGCCCCGAUGACCGAGACCGACAUGGCCGAUAUUGCCGAUAUGGUCGAUCUGAAAUAA